AGACGUGGGCCGUGACGUCGCCGCGCCCUGACGUCCAGCCGACUGGCGGCGCGGUCGCCCGGGAGACCGGGAAAGCCGUUUCACACCCGUCCUAGUCGAAGUCGAGGUGAGGGACGAUGGCUUUCCUCAGCCUGGGAUGACCCGGUCCUCCAAAUGCAGUUCCGGAGUGGAGGCGUGCUCGCACCCGGGGAGAGAGCCAGAAAGCUGAGCCGCGGCGCCCCAGCGAGAGCACGAGGCCCCGGGUCUGGACUCCGCCACCACGCUCCUCUGCGGCCCCUUCCUGGUGUCUGCCAGCCCGCGGGGCCCAGGCGCGGUCCGCCUUCCUCCCGGCCCCGGGGAACGCGCGGCUCUGCUUCCUCACCCCCGCACCCUCCUCCUCCUCCUCUUCCGGCCACUGCAGGUCCAGGGGGAACGGGGUUAGAAAGGGACAGAUUUGAAAGCCAUUCCAGCAGUUUUGUCUGGCCUUGCGGUUGGUUUCUGUGUGGAAGAGCCUGCCGCUUCAGGGAAGUCUUAGGACGUGAACUCCCGCCUUCACCUGCCCCUGACCUGCUUGUUGUGGGUGAUUCACGCCAUGGGAAUGGUUCUUUACGUAAGGGCUUGAAAGCUGAACGUGAGUUAAUGGCCUGACGUGACACUAGUGUGAGAAACGGAAUUGGAAACGAACAAGGACGUGUCUGCAUUUUAAAAAAUGUCUUUUCGGUGAUCUUGUUAGAGAGGAGGUUCACAAACACCCACGUAGCUGCAGCCACUUAUCACUGCACCUCUUGCCAAAGUGCGGUCCACAUACGUGCAAUGAGAAAGAAUUAAAGGGACUUGUUUGAUAACACACGCAAAACUAUAUUUCCUUUGGCUUCAAAGCUCUCUCACCAUAUUUUGGGAAGUUAUGGAUCAUCACAUUCCCAUGCAUGCUUUGCCUGAAGAAAUCCAAAAGAUGUUGCCUGAAGAAAAAGUUUGUAAGUACUGUGGAGUCAGCUAUCUAAUUCUUCAUGAAUUUAAGGCUAUGGAAGAAAAAGUGAAAGCAAUGGAAAAAGAGAUGAAAUUUUAUCAAGGAAGUGUAGAUCGUGAAAAGAGACUUCAAGAAAAGCUGCAUUCUCUUAGCCAAGAACUUGAACAGUACAAAAUUGACAACAAAUCCAAAACAGAAAGAAUUUAUGAUGUAGGCAUGCAGUUAAAAAGUCAACAAAAUGAAUUUCAGAAAGUAAAGAAACAAUUGAGUCAUUUGCAAGAUGAGCUAAAAAUUAAAUAUAGACAAUCAUACAUCUUCAGUCAAAGAUUGUCAGAGUACAAAUAUUUCUGGAAUAAGACUCUUUCAUUACUUACUUUUACUAAAAGGGAACUAACCAGUAUUAAAAAUGAAGUAUAUGAUAAUUACCAAAACUGGACUUCAUUGAAAGGAGCAGUUUUUCUACAAAUUAAAUCUAUAAGUGAAACAGCCUUGACAGAAAUAGACAUACUGAAUAAAAGUUUGACAGUGUCCCAGAGAAAUAAAGUAUGCCUUGAAAAGGAAAUGAAAAAUCUGAAAUUGUUGUCAGAUGCAGCCAUAUUGAGAUCUCAGCAGAUUCGGACAUCUAGACAACAGGAAGUAAACUUGCAAACCAGAUGCUAUGAUUUGCAAAAAGAAGUACUAGAUUUACAAUGUCUAGUGGAGGCACUUGGAUUAAAACUUCAGAAGGCAGUGACAGAGAUGGACAACUAUAAAGAAAUGCUUAUGAAUAAAUCUAAUGAAGCUGAUGACUGUCAAAGAGAACUUAAAAAACUGAAGUUUGAAUCCAUUAUUUCUGAGUCACAGCAUACUAUGCUGCUUAAGGAAAAAGAACACUCUUUAAUGACUUGUCAACAGAUAUAUAAAGCAUUACAGGAAGAGCUGACUGUGAAAGAAAAGCAAGAAGAAGACAUAAAGAGAAGAAUUAACCUUGCAGAAAAUGAACUGGAGAUAACCAAAACUCUUCUGAAUCAGACAAGGGAAGAGGUUUUAACACUGAAAAAUGAAAGGGAAUUGAUGCUGAUUUCACAUCAGAAAAGCAUCGAGCAGCUGCAAGAAACCCUUAGACAGAAGCUGCUGAGUGAUGAUAACUGGAAGGAGAAGAUUGAAGCAGAACUUGCCAAAGAAAGGGCCCAACACUUGGUUGAAUUUGAAGAGCAAGCUCUUCUCUUUAAGGAAGAAACAAAAUUGCAACUUGAUAUUGAAAAAGAAAAACACCAAGAUGUAAUCCAAAAGUAUAAGAAAGAACAAGAGGAACUACAAAUGAAGAUAUCUGACUUAAUCACAGGCGCUACAAGAGAUCUAAGGCAGGAAGUGACCACUCUUAAAGAAAAACUUCACAAAUCCCAUAUUCGGUACACUGAAGAAUCUAAUUCAAAGGAAAAAGAAAUUGAAAAUCUUAAAAAUUUGGUUGCAGAAUUUGAAUCUCGCUUGAAGAAGGAAAUUGACAGUAAUGAUUCAGUUUCAGAAAACUUGAGGAAGGAAAUGGAACAGAAGUCGGAUGAACUGAAAAGAGUAAUGCUGGCUCAAACACAACUGAUAGAGCAAUUUAACCAGUCCCAGGAAGAGAAUACUUUUCUUCAGGAGACAGUGCGUAGAGAAUGUGAAGAACGCUUUGAACUGACAGAGGCUUUGAGUCAAGCCAGAGAACAGCUCCUGGAGCUCAGUAAGCUUCGUGGAAGUUUACCAUUCUCACCGUGUUCCCUCAGCAAGGGCAGCCUAACCUCCCCUGCUGCAGCAGUCAGUAAUCAUGGAGAGAGAAGCCUUGCAAGACUGAACUCUGAAAAAGGAAUCCAAAUUCCCAACCUGCGCGGGGUGUCAAAACCCACCACUUUCCCAACCUCAGAUAAGCCGAAGAGGGUUAGAUCAGGCGUGCCCAUUCUCCCCCAGCCACAUCCUCCCAGGGGUGGAGCAUCUUCAGCAAAUGAGACUAGACAGAGACUGGCUGCCAUUCUUAGGAGAAGGCGGAGUCAGCAAUGAUCCAAAAUGAGGAGCAGGAAGCUCCCUACAGCGUGCACGCUCUUUCAGAGAGUGCCAGGAAUUCACUGUAACUGAGAAUGACAAUGAUAAAAUUAUUUUCACAGAUCAGGAAGGCAUACCUAUAGAUAUAUUUAACAAAAGACUGUAAAAAGCUGGAAAAUUGUGAAGCCUUAUUUUUCAAGAGGGUUUUGAUAGAGUAACAGAUCAUUAAGUUGUUGGUAUUCCAGAGGUCCGAUUUCUAUGUUUAUGUUGGAAUGUGCUCUAUGAAUAUAGCCUUUUAGAGAUCACAGGUAAAAUUUUUCACCCAUAACAUCUUUUCAAUUUAUUGCGCCACUACAAGCAGAUAUAUUUCCACAAAAAAAUAGAUUGUUUGAGUUUUGUUGGUA